AUGGCAUCAUGCAAUAAGAUGGUUGGGAUGUUGCUGGUGUUUUUCCCAGCUGUCUUUUUGGAGAUGACUUUUCUACCCAGGAGCCCUGGCAGGAAUGUGUUGUUGGUUGGGGGUUCCUCUCAGCGAUCAGUGGCUAGAAUGGAUGGGGAUGUCAUUAUUGGAGCUCUCUUUUCUGUCCACCAUCAGCCGCCAGCUGAAAAGGUCCCUGAGAGGAAAUGUGGAGAGAUAAGGGAGCAGUAUGGCAUCCAGAGAGUGGAGGCCAUGUUUCAUACAUUGGAUAAAAUUAACUCUGAUCCCAUUCUACUGCCCAACAUUACUCUGGGCAGUGAGAUUAGGGAUUCCUGUUGGCAUUCAUCUGUUGCACUGGAGCAGAGUAUUGAGUUCAUUAGAGAUUCUCUGAUUUCUAUUCGUGAUGAAAAGGAUGGGAUCAACCGAUGCCUGCCAGAAAACCAGUCUCAUCACCCUGGCCGGACUAAAAAGCCCAUUGCAGGUGUGAUUGGUCCUGGUUCCAGCUCAGUGGCCAUCCAAGUCCAGAACUUACUUCAGCUCUUUGAUAUCCCCCAGAUUGCUUAUUCAGCCACAAGCAUUGACCUGAGUGACAAAACUUUGUACAAAUAUUUCUUGAGGGUAGUCCCUUCAGACACGUUGCAAGCCAGAGCUAUGCUUGACAUAGUCAAACGUUACAAUUGGACCUAUGUCUCCGCUGUCCACACAGAAGGAAACUAUGGGGAAAGUGGAAUGGAUGCUUUCAAAGAGCUGGCUGCCCAGGAAGGCCUAUGCAUUGCUCACUCAGACAAAAUCUAUAGUAAUUCUGGAGAGAAAAGCUUCGAUCGGCUUCUGCGCAAGCUCCGGGAGAGGCUACCCAAGGCCAGAGUGGUGGUCUGCUUCUGUGAAGGGAUGACAGUCAGAGGGCUCCUGAGUGCUAUGAAACGUCUGGGAGUUGUAGGAGAAUUCUUACUCAUCGGCAGUGAUGGCUGGGCAGACAGAGAUGAAGUCAUUGAAGGUUAUGAGGUUGAAGCCAAUGGAGGCAUUACCAUAAAGCUCCAGUCCCCAGAGGUCAGGUCUUUUGAUGACUACUUCCUGAAACUAAGGUUGGACACCAAUACUCGAAAUCCAUGGUUUCCUGAAUUUUGGCAGCAUCGGUUCCAAUGCAGGCUUCCAGGACACCUUCUGGAAAACCCCAACUUUAAGAGGAUAUGUACAGGCAAUGAGAGUUUAGAGGAAAACUAUGUCCAGGAUAGCAAAAUGGGCUUUGUCAUCAAUGCCAUCUAUGCUAUGGCCCAUGGACUACAGAAUAUGCACCAUGCCCUUUGUCCUGGACAUGUUGGUCUUUGCGAUGCUAUGAAGCCCAUUGAUGGCAGUAAGCUCUUGGACUUCCUCAUAAAAUCCUCCUUCAUUGGUGUAUCAGGAGAAGAGGUGUGGUUUGAUGAAAAAGGAGAUGCCCCUGGAAGAUAUGAUAUCAUGAAUCUUCAAUACACGGAUGCAAACCGGUACGAUUAUGUCCACAUUGGGACCUGGCAUGAAGGGGUGCUGAAUAUUGAUGACUAUAAGAUCCAAAUGAACAAAAGUGGCAUGGUACGGUCUGUGUGCAGUGAACCUUGUUUGAAGGGUCAGAUUAAGGUCAUCCGAAAAGGAGAGGUGAGCUGCUGUUGGAUCUGUACAGCAUGCAAAGAGAAUGAAUAUGUACAAGAUGAAUUUACCUGCAAAGCAUGUGACCUUGGAUGGUGGCCAAACAGAGAUCUCACUGGAAGAGGCAGCCAGAAUUCUCGCCCACCAACCAGUGUCCGUCGGCACAUGUGCAGCUUUGAAAAGUCCCACACUGCAGUGAAUGUUUCUAAUGGCAAGUCUGUGUCAUGGUCUGAACCAGGUGGAAGAGAGGUGCCCAAGGGACAGCACAUGUGGCACCGCCUGUCUGUACACGUGAAAAGCAACGAGACACCCUGCAACCAAACAGCGGUGAUCAAGCCCCUUACUAAAAGUUACCAAGGCUCUGGUAAGAGCCUGACAUUUUCCGAUAACAGCACCAAGACCCUAUACAAUGUGGUGGAGGAGGAGGAGAGUGAACCAUCUGUACGCUUUAGCCCAGCCUGCAGUCCUUCUCGGUUAGUGCACCGGCGGGUGACCCCUGCCACUCCUCCCCUCCCGGCCCACGUAGCAGUGGACGAGCCCCCCUUGUUCCGAGCCGAGCUGGCCGCCCCCCGAGGCCUGCCGCCCCCCUUGCAGCAGCCACCUCCCCUGCCAGAGCCUCAGCCUCAGGAGCUCCUGCUGCUGGAGCAACUGCAGGGCGUGGCCAGCAUACCAGACUUCAAUGACUUCUCCGCUGUGCUGGCUGGCCCUGGGGGCCUGGGCAACGGGGGGCGGCCCCUCUACCAGCUCCCGGUCCCCCAGCCGCCGCCUCUGCCGCUGCAGCAGCAACAGCAGCAGCAGCAGCAAGCGCUGCCUAUCCAACUGAGCAUCUUCAGUGAUGAGCCCAUCUCGCCCCCAGCAGAUGAAGGGGACAGCGAGCGAUUCCAGCUCCUCCAGGAGUACGUAUACGAGCAAAGGGGCGACACCGAGGAAGACGAGCUGGAGGAUGAAGAGGAAGAGGAAGAGCAGGAGGAGUCCGGGCUCCGAGCCGCUGGCAAACUGACCCCGGACGCCUCCCCCGCCCUGACGCCUCCAUCGCCCUUCCGUGACUCGGUGGCCUCGGGCAGCUCGGUGCCCAGCUCGCCAGUGUCCGAAUCUGUGCUGUGCACUCCUCCAAAUGUCACCUACGCCUCGGUCAUCCUAAGGGACUAUAAGCAAAGCUCAUCUACCCUGUAG